GUGACACGUUGCAGGAAGUGUCUGUCAACAUCGGCCAUUUUGGUCAUUGGCCGCGUACUGACUAACUCUUCUUCCUCAUCUAUUCCGAACUUUGACAGUUCAUUGGUGGUCAUUGUUUUCAUCAUCAUGGAGACAUCUACUAUUAAAGUGCUGGAAUGUUGAUCAAGUGUUCAGAAUCAGUCGUUAAACAACAAGAUCUACUGCACUGGCAUGACUGGAUUAAUCGAGUUCUGAAUUGGACUUCUUUCGUCAAGUUCACGAAUCACGUCAGCAUGGUCAGGUUGUUGGCCUAGGACUGGGAAGAAUGAUCAGAUAAUACUAUAGCUGCAGAUCAUGAUGCAGGUUUUCAGGAAGACUAUUCCAGUCAUUGAUUACUCUUCUACUGAAAGACUUAUUUCUCACAUCCAGUUUGCUAUGGGAUUUCAAUAAUUUCAUGGAGUGACCUCUUGUAGAGUUACUACCAGACUUGGAGAAAAAAUGGUCCGGAAAAAUGUUGGACUAAUCCAUGCAUAAUCUAGUGGUUCAUUAUCAUAUCUCCUCUCCUCCUUCUAUAAUAGAAAUUUGUGUGGGUAGACCUAUUGAAUGAGAAUGGAAAUGGAAAAGAAAGAUAGAAGUUCCGUCACCGAAGAAGAAUUUUUGAGAUUGGCCCAGCUCAUCCCACCGAGGUACUAUUCAGAUUUAGGGAUACAUUUGGGAAUCUCAUCUGCUGAACUUGAUCAUAUCAUUGUCCAACAUUCAUUGGAUUACAAGGAUGCAUUGAUGACAAUGUUCACACGGUGGAGAGAUGAACAGCAUCCAGAUAAAGACAUCAGAGCUCUUCUUGCAGAAGGAUUAGAAAAGAGUGACUUAGGGGGAUUGUCCAAAGAACUUCUAGCUGGGAAUCUAAUCCAGAAAACAACAGAUGUCAGACAAACAACUGCAACAACUUCAAGAGCAUCAACUUCAACAGGAGCAGCAGACAUGUCAGUACCACCACAUACCGUCAGUGAGAGAGAACUUUUGAUGUUGUCAAAAGAGAUCGGACCAAGUUACUACAAGGAAGUUGGCAUUAAUCUGAAUAUCUCCAAUGUAACCCUUAAUAACAUCAAGGAGCGUACCCGAGAUAACUGCGAUGCAUUGAUGACAGCUUUCACAAGAUGGAGGGAUAAACAGCUUCCAGACACAAACAUCAGGGCUCAUCUUGCAGAGGCUUUACAAAAGAGUGGUCUAGUGUUGCUGUCUCAGAAACUGAUUACUGGAAAUCUAUUGCCAGAGUCGACAGGUGCACCUGUGACAAUUCCAGUAUCAGAGACCAAACCACUUACCCCUGACCUGAUUAAGAGAUGUAAAGAUGAUCUUCAAUUCAAGUACAGGACUGAUUUCUGUAUGAUAAGAGCUGAUCCACUAGAUCCUGAUUCUAUUGUGCCAUUCCAAGAUAUGUACACAAACCUUUUCUUGGAAGAAGAAAAACGAAAGAAAAGGAGUCAACUUGAGUAUAAGGAUCUCUUUAAUCUCAAAGUCAACGGCAUCUUCCCCAAACGGAUUAUGGUCCAAGGAGAGGCAGGGGCUGGAAAGACCACAUUCUUGGCUAAGAUUGCUUGGGACUGGAUAAACGAUAGUCCAGAUCUGUCAAAGUUUGUGUGGGUACUCAUUAUCCUUCUGCGUGAAGCCAAGCGAUACACGAUUGGUCAGAUUGUUAAGUCAUAUCUUUCAAAGGACAACCCAGCAAAAGCCUGUCAGAUCACUGAGUACAUCCGUUCAAAUCCAGAAAAGGUAUUCAUUGCCUGUGAUGGAUUAGAUGAGCUUAGUGGCAAGGAUGUACAGCAUACUGAAAGCAAGCAAGGUUUAGAAGGUGCUCAGUCAGAGUCAAAUGAUCAAACUGACAGGAAAUCAGAAUCCCAAAUGAGCAAUAAGAGAGAGCAAAGUUUUUAUGAAGGCACAAACAGAAAAAAAUCAAGAUUAGAGGAGAGCAAACAACCACGGGUAAUGCAGCAUUUUCCUUCAGGUACAUCAAGAUCUGCUGAUCAAACCACAGUAGGAUCAGAAACAAGUCCAUCAAGUAUAUCUAUACACCAAAGAACUAAUCCCAAAUCCAAUGUAAAUUCUAUGGAGAGAGGUGAUAUCACUGUCGAAGAUAUUCUUUGCUCAGAUGAACUUCGUACUUGCCCUGUAAUGGUGACAAGCCGUCCAUGGAAGGCCAAUGAAAUAAGAGGGAGCAGUAGUUUAAGAAAUCGAUACACAUUCAUCCAUGUGGAAGGCUUUAGCAGAGAGAAUGCAAAGGUUUACAUUUGCCAUUACUUCAAAGACACUGAGGCUACAGCAGAUGAAUUCAUCCAAUUGUUUGAAAGCAAUGAUAUCAUAUCAGAGAAUAUGGCACCAUAUCCUAUCUACAUAUCUAUGCUCUGUCACAUGUGGAGAGUACAUGUACUUGAUGACAACAAGAAAGAAGAGUGGAAGGCUUUUCAAACAUUCUCUGAAAUAUUCCGUGAAGUGUUUGAAUUCCUAAAGGUGCGUUAUGUCCAGAAAGAGAUCCCAGAUUUAAGUAGCCCAUUAUUCAAUACCUAUCGCUCUGAAAUUGAGAAACUCUUGGAACCAAUUGCCAAGGUUGCUUUUACUGGACUACAAUCAAACAACCUUAUUUUCAAUGAGGGAGAUCAUAAACAGUUCUCAGACUAUGUGGAAACAGCAUGCAAAGUAGGAGUGUUGUCACAGGAGAAAAAGCUCUCAUCCAUUCAUGAUAAGAGCAGACCGUUCCUGCAGUCAACAUUCUUCUUUCCUCAUAAACUAUUCCAGGAGUACAUGGCUGCAGUCUAUCUUGCUUCUCUCUAUGAUUCAGAUUGCACUGAAUUUAAGAGGCUGAUUGAGGAAGUAGUGAUCCCUAGGAAGGAAGAGUUUAGGUAUCUUCUGUACUUCACUGUGUCACAGGACAAAAACAUUGCCAAUUAUAUCACCCAGUGUCUGCUACAACAGUACACCCAAAGCCAAAGAAAGAAGGAGAUGAAUUUCUUGGUUGAUGUAGCUUUUGAGAGUCAAGAUAAAGAUACCAACGCCAUGCUUCAAAAUUCAGUAUCAUCUCUGUCCAUCCGUGUUGAAGACACACACACUAUAGCUGGUUAUGCAUCCACUGGGAUAUAUUCAAAGGCGAUCAAUAUGAUGGUUGGUGCUAUUAGAUAUCCUAGCUACGGACCAGGUAUAUCAAAAGAGGUUGCAGUGAUGAUAUGCUCAGCACCAUCACUAAGGGAUGUUAAACUGUAUGCAAGCUUUCACCCUACCUUCUAUGAAACUCUUGCCAGAGAAGGAAGGAAAGCCGCAGUCCAUACUCUUGAGAUUUGGAAUAAUAAGCCUCUAUCAUCAGCCUCUUCACAUCACCUAGUAGGAGCUUUAUGCUCCCUACCUAACCUGACUAACCUGAUACUGAUAGGAGAUUGGGACCAGGAAGAGUUCUGUUCUUAUCUGAAUAAGAAGGCUUCAACCUUGAAGGUCCAUACUCUUAAGAUUUGGAAUAAUAAGCCUCUAUCAUCAGCCUCUUCACAUCACCUAGUAGAAGCUUUAUGCUCCCUACCUAACCUGACUAACCUGAUACUGAGAGGAGUUUGUGACAAGGGGGAGUUCUGUUCUCAUCUGAAUGAGAAGGCUUCAACCUUGAAGGUCCAUACUCUUGAGAUUGUGAAUUAUGAGCCUCUAUCAUCAGCCUCUUCACAUCACCUAGUAGAAGCUUUAUGCUCCCUACCUAACCUGACUAACCUGAUACUGAGUGGAGUUUGUGAAGAGGAGGUGUUCUGUUCUUAUCUGAAUAAGAAGGCUUCAACCUUGAAGGUCCAUACUCUUCAGAUUUGGAAUGAUGAGCCUCUAUCAUCAGCCUCUUCACAUCACCUAGUAGAAGCUUUAUGCUCCCUACCUAACCUGACUAACCUGAUACUGAGUGGAGUUUGUGAAGAGGAGGAGUUCUGUUCUCAUCUGAAUGAGAAGGCUUCAACCUUGAAGGUCCAUACUCUUCAGAUUUGGAAUGAUGAGCCUCUAUCAUCAGCCUCUUCACAUCACCUAGUAGAAGCUUUAUGCUCCCUACCUAACCUGACUAACCUGAUGCAGAGAGGAGUUUGUGAAGAGGAGGAGUUCUGUUCUCAUCUGAAUAAGAAGGCUUCAACCUUGAAGGUCCAUACUCUUCAGAUUGGGAAUUAUAAGCCUCUAUCAUCAGCCUCUUCACAUCACCUAGUAGAAGCUUUAUGCUCCCUACCUAACCUGACUAACCUGACACUGAGCAGAGUUUAUGACCAGGAGUUCUAUUCUCAUCUGAAAGAGAAGGCUUCAACCUUGAAGGUCCAUACUCUUCAGAUUUGGAAUAAUAAGCCGCUAUCAUCAGCCUCUUCACAUCACCUAGUAGAAGCUUUAUGCUCCCUACCUAACCUGACUAACCUGAUGCAGAGAGGAGUUUGUGAAGAGGAGGAGUUCUGUUCUCAUCUGAAAGAGAAGGCUUCAACCUUGAAGGUCCAUACUCUUGAGAUUUGGAAAUUUGAGCCUCUAUCAUCAGCCUCUUCACAUCACCUAGUAGAAGCUUUAUGCUUCCUACCUAACCUGACUAACCUGAUACUGAUAGGAGAUUGGGACCAGGAGGAGUUCUAUUCUCAAUUGAAUGAGAAGGCUUCAACCUUGAAGGGUUCACUCCCUCAGAUCAGCAAAGGAAAUUUCAUGUUCAAUGGAAAGCCUCAGAAGGAUCUUCAAUCAUUCUUACAAACACUCAGUGAUGAGAAAAGGGAUAUUGAAACUUCUUUUGAGUCUUCCUCAGACGAAAUUGAAACUUCUUCUGAGUCUUCCUCAGACGAAUAUUUUGAUGCAUGAUGUGACUCUGCAACAAAUACAGUCAAGAUCUAUACAAUGGCAAUCCACAACCAUCUAAUUGAUCUCCAUGACGCGGUCAUAUCCUACAAUGGUUUGUUUCAGAGCUGUGAUAUGUCUGAACUCAUUUCAUUUUUAAUCCAUGGAAUAUUAUUUUGAUGUGAAACCAAUUGUCACCAGAGGCAAAUAUGAAUCAUAAUUUUAAUCCUAAAAUGACUGAUGAGCUCUUUUCAUCCGACUUUCAAAGUGAUAUUUAAGCAUCAGAUAUAGGCCUGGGACGAUUGUCAAUGUUACCAUUUGAUUAUUUCCUGAAAAAAACAAUUGAAUCAUUCAAUCAAUCAAUGGUUACUCCCAGGCCUAUUCAGAAGUAUCAUAACUAAUGAUUUCAUGCAAUGUGGGUUAAGAGAAUUAAAUAUAGGCCUAUAGACUAUGCCAUCGUCACUGGGUGAUGUUAACCUGAAUUUACCCUUUUUAUGCAAUCAUAAAUAUCAAUUUAAAGUAUUUUGUCCAUGGUAUUCCAUAUUUUCACAUUAUUCUGAACCAAAAUCAAUGUUUAAUCUGUCAAUGCAUUAUCACGCCAAACUCUUCUAACAAUGCUUUAUACAACCUGGAAUUCUUUUAUUACCUUCAAUUCUUUUAUCUUUAUCAUACAGAAGAAAGUCACUCCUUCAAUUCUAUUUUUUGUAACCACAGUGAAAAUCGUAGGAAUUACAAUUCAUAAUGAUUUAAAGUGAAAUGCUUGUGUAACCGAAAUAAUG